AUGAACUUUAAAUAAAAAAAUAAUCGGAAAACAAAAGUAUAGUUUUACUAUGAACAAACAUAAGAAAGAAGAAGAAAAUAAGUCACUAAAAAUGUUAAAACUUAUUAAUUGUUUCAGUCUCCUUAAAAAAGUUCAAGACUAGUUAGGAAAAAUAAAUUUGAGAUUAGUUCAUAAAAAUUGGGCAAUUCAAGCUGUUGUUGUUCAGAAUGUGGAAAAGAAUCAGGUUUUAAAUAAAGAAUAUUCAAAAUUUAUACAUUUACUGAGACUUAAUAAACAAAAAAAGAAUAGUAAAAAUAGUAAUAAAUAUUGGAUCGUUACAGAAAUUCUAAAUAUAUUAAAACCUUUAAGAAACUAGUUUAUUGCUUACUUUUUAUAAUCAGAUAUAAAUUAGUUUAAAAUAUAAGAUAUAGAUAAAGAUAAAGAAUGAAAAAAGCAUUUAAAACAAGAAUAGAUAAUCCAAGGAUGACAUUUCUUAAUGUGUUAGAAAUUGCCACAAAGUAAUUUCAUAUAAGUCCUAAAUUUAAAUCUGCAACUAAUUUUGAUUAUGUCUUUAGCUAAAAUGCUACAGCAGUAAAUUCUCCUUAGGAUUCAGAUGAUGAUUAUAAUCAUCUUAAGGCAGGAAAAUCUUUCGUUAAUAAAUUUUCUUCAGAUGAAUAAUGUAUUCAUAAGAAAUUAUCCAAAUCUCAAUAAAAACUAUAUUUUAUAACUGGAACGAAUUCAGUUUUAAAUCAAUAUGUUACAAAGAAAUUAAACCAAUCUAAUUAAAAAUUCAAGAAUUAGUAAUAAUAAUAAAAAAUAUUACCUCCAUUACUUUCUAAGCAUACUUCUCCAAGAUAAAAUUAAUCUACUUAUUUACCUAAUAUAAGGUUUAAAUAGAUUAAUUGA